GGCGGGGUGGGUGGAGUUGAACAAGUGGAAAAGGGAUAAAGGCCAAGCCCUGACAUACGGCAUCCACCCAUCGUUCGUUCGUCCUCAGUGUAGGGCAACAGGACUUUGGGCUCAACAUGGUAACAGCAGCUAUGUUGCUACAGUGCUGUCCACCACUUGUUCAGGGUACCACAGGCCUUCGAGGGAAGAUGAUUAAGGUUCACCAGUUCCUAUUUAAUAUUGGACACUGUCCUAUUCUGGCCAUUCAAAGACCAACCUGUUCUCAAAUACAUCUGGAUGUAACCAAGGCUGGAGGAGACUCUGCAUCAUGGGCGAAGAGUCACUGUCCCUUCAUGUUGACGGAACUACAGGAUGGGAAGAGCAAGAUUGUGCAGAAGGCACCCCCAGAAGUCCAGGAAGAUGUGAAGACUUUCAAGACAGGAAAUCAUGUCUUUGGUUAUGACCAGUUUUUCAGGGACAAGAUCAUGGAGAAGAAACAAGACCAUACCUACCGUAUAUUCAAGACCGUGAACCGCUGGGCUGAUGCUUACCCCUUUGCUCAGCAUUUCUCUGAGGCAGCUGCAGCUUCAAAAGAUGUAUCUGUCUGGUGCAGUAAUGACUACCUGGGCAUGAGCCGACACCCUAGGGUAUUGAGAGCCACACAGGAGACCCUGCAGCGUCAUGGAGUUGGGGCUGGUGGCACACGCAACAUCUCAGGUACCAGUAAGUUUCAUGUGGAGCUAGAGCAGGAACUGGCUGAGCUACACCAGAAGGACUCAGCCCUGCUUUUCUCUUCAUGUUUUGUGGCCAAUGACUCUACUCUCUUCACUUUGGCCAAGAUACUGCCAGGAUGUGAGAUUUACUCAGAUGCAGGCAAUCAUGCUUCAAUGAUCCAGGGUAUCCGCAACAGUGGAGCAGUCAAAUUUGUCUUCAGACACAAUGAUCCUAAUCACCUUAAGAGACUUCUAAUGAAGUCAAACCCCAAGACUCCUAAAAUUGUGGCCUUUGAAACUGUUCAUUCUAUGGAUGGUGCUAUCUGCCCCCUUGAGGAAUUGUGUGAUGUGGCUCACCAGUAUGGGGCUCUGACCUUUGUGGAUGAGGUUCAUGCAGUAGGACUAUAUGGGACCCGGGGAGCUGGUAUUGGAGAGCGUGAUGGAGUUAUGCACAAGAUUGACAUUAUCUCUGGAACUCUUGGUAAGGCCUUUGGCUGUGUGGGUGGCUACAUCGCCAGCAACCAUGACUUGGUGGACAUGGUGCGCUCUUAUGCCGCGGGGUUCAUCUUCACCACUUCACUGCCCCCCAUGGUGCUUUCUGGGGCUCUGGAAUCCGUGAGGCUGCUCAAGGGAGAAGAGGGCCAAGUCCUAAGGAGGGCUCACCAGCGCAAUGUUAAGCACAUGCGCCACCUACUAAUGGACAGGGGCCUUCCUGUCAUUCCCUGUCCCAGCCAUAUCAUCCCUAUCAGGGUUGGUGAUGCAGCACUCAACAGCAAGGUCUGUGAUCUCCUGCUUUCCAAGCAUGGCAUCUAUGUACAGGCCAUCAACUACCCAACUGUCCCUCGAGGUGAGGAGCUGCUACGCCUAGCACCCUCCCCCCACCACAGUCCUCUGAUGAUGGAAGACUUUGUGGAGAAACUACUGAUAACCUGGUCUGAAGUGGGGCUGCCACUCCAGGAUGUGUCUGUGGCUGCCUGCAACUUUUGUCACCGUCCUGUGCACUUCGAGCUCAUGAGUGAAUGGGAACGUUCCUACUUCGGAAACAUGGGACCCCAGUAUGUUACAACCUAUGCUUGAGAAGCCAGCUGCCUCAGAUCCCACUGCACCUGUACUUGAGGCUACAUCUUCUGUUCUCUGCUUUGUUGACCUUCUAGUUGAUUUGAAUCUGAAAAUAAAGAGCAAAUUGCAACA